CCAAGACCGGCUGCAGUCGGAGGGGACCUUCCCCACCCCCCCCUUUCCUCUCCUUCCCUAACCCCCUCUUCAACCUUAGCACCCCCCUUUCUUCCUCCGCCAUCACAUUCUCUCCCCCCACCCCCCUUUUCAUCUCAUCUUCUCCUGGGGGGAGAACCUCCCUACUCCAAACGAAUCCCCCCCCACCAGAAUCCGACUCGAAAUCCAAGAGGGGGAGAAAAAAAAUAUUUUUUUUUUUUAAAAAAAGGCCACCAUCCCCACCACCGUCUCCGAGGCUGGACCCCGCUGGGUGAAGAAGAGGAAGAAGGCACCCCCUCCUCCGCCCCCCAGGAAGCACCCUGGAAGGAGAAGCCGCCCCCCACUCGCCUGCCCUGGGGGUGAGGAGGCAGAAAACCGUUGGGAGCCCCACCCCGUCCACGCGUGCGUCGCCCGCCGCCCCCGCCCCGCGCUCUCCCGCGCUCGGCCGCCCGGGCAGGGACCAUGCAUCUGGAGAUCAAAGUUGCCCUGAAUUUCAUCAUCUCCUACCUGUACAACAAGCUGCCCCGCCGGCGGGCCGACCUGUUCGGGGAAGAGCUGGAGCGGCUGCUGAAGAAGAAGUACGAGGGCCACUGGUACCCUGAGCGGCCCCUGAAGGGCUCGGGCUACCGCUGCGUCCACAUCGGGGAGACGGUGGACCCGGUGGUCGAGCUGGCGGCCAAGCGCAGCGGCCUGGCGGUGGAGGACGUGCGGGCCAACGUGCCCGAGGAGCUGAGCGUCUGGAUCGACCCCUUCGAGGUCUCCUACCAGAUCGGCGAGAAGGGGGCCGUCAAGGUCCUCUACCUGGACGACAGCGAGGGCUGCAGCUCGGCCGAGCUGGACAAGGAGAUCAAGAGCAGCUUCAACCCCGACGCCCAGGUGUUCGUGCCCAUCGGCAGCCAGGACAACUCCCUGUCCAACUCGCCGUCCCCGUCCUUCGCCCGCUCGCCCAGCCCCACGUUCAUCCCGCGCUCCGCCCAGCCCAUCACCUUCACCACCGCCUCCUUUGCCGCCACCAAGUUCGGCUCCACCAAGAUGAAGAAGGGCGGCGGCGGUGGCGGCGGGGCGGGCGGCGGCGGGGCGGGGGGCGGGCCGGGCGGCCCCCCGCCGCCGCCCCCCCAGCCCCGCCUGGCCCGCUCUCCCACCAACGGCCUGCUGAAGCACAAGGGCCUCUCCCUGUCUAUGCAUUCUCUGAACUUCAUCGGGGGCGGCGGCCCGGCCCCCCAGUCCCAGCUGUCCCCCAACGCCAAGGAGUUCGUCUUCAGCGGCGGCUCCCCCGGCAUCUUCUUCGACGGCGCCGACCCCCAGCCCGCCGUCGCGGCCCACGGCGGCGGCGGCGGCGGCGGCGGCGGAGCCGGGUUCGACGUGGCCCAGGUCUUCGGCGGCGGCGCCGCCAACGGCCUCUUCCUGGAGAAGUCGCCCUUCGUGGAGGGACUGAGCUACAACCUGAACGCCAUGCAGUACCCCAACCAGCCCUUCCAGCCCGUCGUCCUGGCCAACUGACCGGGCCCCCGCCCCCCC